AUGACAAUGUUGAAAUACUCUCAAACUGUAUUAGUUCCUAGUGAAGAGGUUGAUUAAGUUUGGCACACUCAUUAAUGUAUGACAAAAUAAUAUCGCUAGUUUUGCUAUGCAAUCUAUGAAAGAUUUAUUUAUCAUAAUCCUGCUAAUUUAGGAAAUUAAACUGUAGUUUAAGAUUUCUAUUCACAAACACUUAUAUUUUAUAAAAGAAUUUUUAAAUAUGAACCAGAUUCUUAAAUAUGGCCUUGUAAAGAGGAAAGAUGGAAUCCUUAAAACUGUUUAGGAUCAUGGGUUAAUCUUUAUAGAUUAUCAAUGAGUAUUAUCCAAUUAAUAUAAGAAAAGCUUCAACCUACUUCUAAAAAUAUUCUCUAAAAAUAUUAAACUUGGAAAGGUACAAAUGUUUUUAGAGAUCAAACUUAAAUUUAGGUUGAAAAAUCAACAGAAAUGACUUAGAGUGCUUUAUAAUAUUAAAAUUAUGAAGUUGGUUGCUAUAGUUUAUCUGAAUUAGAAGAAGAUAGAUUUUCAUAAAAUCAGAAGAGAAAUGAGUUAUUUUUUGACGAUGAUGUCAUCAUCAACUCUAUUUAGUGA